AUGAGUCAAGAUAAAAAAGAAUUUGGUCAAUUGGGUGACAUUAAAAAACAAAUUGAUGAAAAAUACAGUCAUUUAUCUGCUGCUGAAAGAGAGAAAUUGGUAAUUGGCAAAGUUGAAGGGAAAUUGGGGAAAGUUGAAGGUAAAUUAGGUAAGACUGAAGGAAAUUUAGGUAAAGUUGAGGGCAAAUUGGGUAAAACUGAGGGUAACUUGGGUAAGACUGAAGGUAAUUUGGGAAAAUUUGAAGGUGAUUCUCAACCUAAAAAGAAUUGA